GAGACGCGUGGAGUAGGUGGCGCGUGGACGCGUCAAACUCUCGCGUCCCUUCAUGAAUGAACGGCUCUUGUGCGUUAGGAUUAAAGAAAUUGCACUGAGUUUUUUUUCCCUUCCCCGACUCCCACCCCCUCUAAUUUUUUAUGCAUUUUUCUAAACUGUCAUGGCGUUUAGUGUCCUUGGAAAUAAAUGCAGAGAAGGGAACGCAUAGGUUUUUACGGUAGCUGAUGUCCGGAGCCGGCGUGUCCAGAUGCAGACACAAAGUUCCAGAAAAAAUGAAAAUAAAAAAGAAGGACAAGCAGAUGUCUGCCACCCACAUACUAAAGCACACUCCAUCCGCUGCUGCCUCAAAUGCCUCUGACCAAAACGCACAAACUACAUUUCCCAUUGGCCACUUGGGCAAAGAACAGUUGCGAAUCAUCGGAGGGCCCCCCAAUCACUGCAUGACUCACGCAAAGCACUCCGGUUUACGGAAGGCAGGGUCUGCAGCCAGCAGUCAGAGUCUCCGGCCAUCGUCCUCGCCAACAAUCAACAAUGAGGAAGACGAUGGAGGGGGCGGGGCCAGGGUGAAGAAGAAACGAAAGAAAAAAGACAAGAAAGCGUUUCAGUGGCAAAAUGAUGGAGAGAGUGACGUUAAACCAAAGAGAAAGAAGCAAAAGGAAGGGAAGGGGAUUCUUCCAAGGAAGACAAAGGCAGCGAUGGAGCAAAAGGAUCACAAGAAGAGGGAGGUGAAAGCCCAAAAGGAGGUCAAAAAGGUCAAGAAAGGUCAAGAGGUGAAAGUGAAAACACAGGCCAAGAGCACUGCAACACAUCCACCCUCUAAGAGAGGGAGAAAGCCAAAGGAGCAGGGUGCCAUUCCUCCAGAAAAGAAGAAGAAGGGAAAGAGGAAAAGUGAUGCUCUGCUGGAGCCGGUGGAGAGCGAUGACACGGCAUCUCUCAGCACGCUUGCCACUGGGGAGGAAAGCACUGAUGCCAUGGACAACACUAAGAGGCGUUCAGGGCGUCAAGUGAAGAGGCGGAAAUAUAAUGAAGAUCUAGAUUUCAAGGUUGUUGACGAUGAUGGGGAAACCAUUGCUGUUUUGGGUACAGGCCGAAUUUCUGCUAUGUCUUCCUCUACCCUUGCCUGGCAGGCUGAGGAACCCCCUGAAGAUGAGGCUAAUAUCAUUGAGAAAAUACUGUCAGUGCGAACGGUCAAAAAAGAGACAUCUCCUGAUGAAGCACCAGAAGAGUUGGAGGAGUUUUAUGUCAAGUACAGAAAUUUCUCUUAUCUGCACUGUAAAUGGGCGACAUUGGAGGAACUGGAGAAAGACCCACGCAUUCACCAAAAAAUCAAACGCUUCAGAAACAAGCAGGCACAAAUGAAGCACAUUUUCACGGAGCCGGAUGAAGACCUCUUCAAUCCGGACUACAUCGAGGUUGAUCGGGUUUUAGAGAUUGCAAUCACUACAGAUACAGAAACAGGAGAGGAGGUUACACACUACCUAGUGAAAUGGUGCUCCUUGUCAUAUGAGGAGAGCACUUGGGAGCUGCAAGAAGAUGUUGACCCUGUAAAAAUUAGAGAGUUUGAAGAUCUCAAGACAAUUCCAGAAAUCAAACAUGUGGAGAGGCCUCUACCAGAACAGUGGCAGAAACUGGAGAAAUCUAGAGGCUAUAGAAAUGGAAACCAGCUUCGAGAAUACCAGUUGGAAGGAAUGAAUUGGCUACUUUUUAACUGGUACAACAGGAAGAACUGUAUUCUGGCUGAUGAGAUGGGGCUGGGGAAGACCAUCCAGUCUAUCACGUUCCUGUUUGAGAUUUUCCUCAUGGGGUUGAGAGGACCCUUCCUCAUCAUCGCCCCUCUCUCCACCAUCACUAACUGGGAGAGAGAGUUCCGCACCUGGACAGAUAUGAACGUCAUCGUUUAUCAUGGCAGUCAGAUCAGCCGGCAGAUGAUCCUGCAGUACGAGAUGUACCACCGAGAUGAACAGGGAAAUAUAGUGCUUGGCGACUUUAAGUUUCAAGGAGUGAUCACUACAUUUGAAAUGAUAAUGGCAGACUGUCCUGAACUGAAGAAGAUUAACUGGCGCUGUGUGGUGAUCGAUGAGGCUCAUCGCCUUAAAAACCGCAACUGUAAACUGCUGGAGGGGCUCAAACUCAUGAACCUGGAACAUAAAGUUCUUCUGACAGGAACCCCUCUGCAAAACUCAGUUGAGGAGCUUUUCAGUCUGCUGAACUUCCUCGAACCCUUGCAGUUCCCUUCUGAGACCACUUUUUUGGAGGAGUUUGGAGACCUGAAAACAGAGGAGCAGGUUAAGAAGUUACAGGCCAUUCUGAAGCCCAUGAUGUUGAGAAGACUAAAGGAUGACGUGGAAAAGAAUCUGGCCCCAAAAGAAGAGACAAUCAUUGAGGUGGAGCUUACUAACAUUCAGAAGAAGUACUACCGAGCCAUUCUGGAGAAAAACUUUGCCUUCCUGGCCAAAGGAGCAAACCAGCACAACAUGCCCAACCUCAUCAACACAAUGAUGGAGCUUCGCAAGUGUUGCAAUCACCCAUACCUCAUCACAGGUGCUGAAGAAAAGAUUCUUGAGAGCUUCAGGAAAACCUACAGUCCAGACGCUGUGGAUUUUCAGCUCCAGGCCAUGAUCCAGGCUGCCGGUAAACUAGUGCUUAUCGACAAGCUGCUGCCCAAACUGUUGGCUGGGGGACAUAAGGUGCUGGUGUUUUCACAGAUGGUCCGAUGUCUCGAUAUACUGGAGGACUACCUCAUUCAGAGGAGGUAUACGUAUGAGCGUAUCGAUGGGAGAGUUCGAGGGAAUCUACGGCAGGCGGCCAUCGAUCGCUUCAGUAAGGUGGAUUCUGACCGCUUUGUAUUCCUCCUCUGCACACGAGCAGGAGGGCUGGGCAUCAACCUCACUGCCGCAGACACCUGUAUCAUAUUUGACUCGGACUGGAACCCGCAGAACGACUUGCAGGCUCAAGCUCGCUGCCACCGGAUUGGUCAAAGUAAAGCGGUGAAAGUGUAUCGCCUUAUUACAAGGAACUCAUAUGAGAGGGAGAUGUUUGACAAGGCCAGUCUGAAACUGGGAUUGGACAAGGCUGUUCUACAGGACAUCAACCGUAAGGGCAGUCUCAACGGGGUUCAGCAGUUGUCAAAGAUGGAGGUGGAAGAUCUCCUAAGGAAGGGAGCGUAUGGAGCACUCAUGGACGAGGAAGACGAGGGCUCUAAAUUUUGUGAAGAAGACAUUGAUCAGAUCCUACAGCGACGUACACAGACCAUCACAAUCCAGUCUGAGGGGAAGGGAUCGACUUUUGCAAAGGCUAGCUUUGUGUCUUCAGGGAACCGUACAGACAUUUCACUGGACGAUCCAAACUUCUGGCAGAAGUGGGCCAAAAUUGCUGAGCUGGAAAUCGACUCUAAGGCAGAAAAGGAGAGUCUGGUGAUUGACACGCCUCGUGUACGGAAGCAGACGCGACACUAUAACUCUUUUGAGGAUGAUGAACUGAUGGAGUUCUCUGAACUCGACAGUGACUCGGAGGAACGACCCUGUCGCACAAGGCGCCUCAGUGAGCGCAACAGACGCUACCUCCGAGCAGAGUGCUUCAGAGUGGAGAAGAACCUGCUCAUUUUCGGGUGGGGUCGAUGGAAGGAUAUACUAAAUCAUGGGCGUUUUAAAUGGCACCUGACGGAGAGAGAUAUGGAGGUGUUGUGCAGAGCUCUGCUGGUCUACUGUGUUCGACAUUACAAAGGAGACGACAAAAUCAAGAGCUUCAUAUGGGACCUUAUCACACCCACUAAAGAUGGGCACAACCAAGCACUGCAAAACCACUCAGGUCUGUCUGCUCCUGUUCCACGGGGUCGUAAAGGCAAAAAGCUGAAGAACCAGUUGAGUCCACCUGAGCUGAAGAAUGCUGACUGGCUGGUCCACUGUAACCCAGAGGUGGUGCUGCAGGACGACAGCUACAAGAAACACCUUAAACAACACUGCAAUAAAGUGCUGCUGAGGGUACGGAUGCUCUACUAUCUGAAGGUUGAAGUUCUGGGUGAAGCUGCAACUCAGGCUCUUGAAGGAAUCCCUGCCAGUAAACUGGAGGUAACCCUGCCUGAUAUCGACUACAUUGAGAUCCCUACUAUAUGGUGGGAUGUUGAAGCGGAUAAAUCGCUGCUUAUUGGAGUCCACAAACAUGGGUAUGAGCGGUAUAACGCCAUGCGUGCAGACCCUGAGCUAUGUUUCCUGGAGCGGGUUGGCAUUCCUGAUGUCACCGCUCUGACAGUAGAACAAGGUGGAGCAGAAGCAAUUCCAGAUGCAUCUGACAGUGUCAGCAAAAGUGAUGAAAUCAAAGAGGAGGAUGACAUGAAGUCUGAAGAUUUAGAGGAGAAAGGAGAGAUCAAGGAGGAACCCAUGUCAGAGGAAACAGGGAAGAAUGACAAUAUGGUGACAGGGUGCUUUGUGGCAUCUCUCGCAGGAGAUCUUGUUGCAGAGGCGAUAGAGCAAGGGCGGGUACAGUGGCCGGCAGACUCGGCUCUUACGGCACGAUUGCGACGACUCAUUACCGCCUAUCAGCGUUACACUCGCCGUGAGCCGCUUCGUCAUGAUUUCCUCUUGCACGAGGGAAUUGCGCCUUUGGCCUGGCAAAUUGGAGACUUUAGGCACUGCACAACUGAGCCCGACCCACUCUUUCUGGAGUGGCAACGGAGGUGGACACGUCGUGAGCAGGCUGACUUCUAUCGCACUGUGUCCUCGUUUGGUGUUGUGUAUGACCCAGAGAAGAAAACUUUUGACUGGAGCCAGUUCCGUGCCCUCGCUCGGUUGGAGAGGAAAACGGAUAAAAGUUUGGAAAGAUAUUUCUGUAGCUUCGUUUCAAUGUGUCGCACUGCCUGUAGACUGCCGCCAAGAAAAGACGAAGGUCCUGUUGACCCUUCGCUGUUUGUGGAGCCCAUUACAGAAGAGCGAGCUGCCCGAACAUUAUACCGUAUUGAGCUUUUGAGAAAGGUCCGUGAGCAAGUAUUGCGUCACCCACUUCUAGGGGCACGGCUGCAGCUCUGUCGCCCUAGUCUUUACUUGCCCGUAUGGUGGGAGUGUGGUAAACAUGACCGUGAUCUUCUCAUUGGUGUUGCAAAGCAUGGCUUGAGCCGAACGGACUUCUGCAUUCUCAGUGACCCUCAGCUAUCCUUCUUGGAGGCCCACCGGAACUAUGUUCACAAAGAAAACCACAGAUAUCAAGUGCCAGGCUUGCCACAUCACCCAUGCUGCUUGUAUGAUGCCAACCUCGGGCAUUGUCACUCCCCACAACCUCCAGAGUACCAACCGACACCCUCAAACCACACACAAACACAACUCAUUCAUACUCCUGGGCAUCACCAGCCCAUAGAAGUAGUGGUGCCGGAGUCUCCAAGCAUUGGAACCAGGGAAGGGUUUUUGGACUGCCCUUCAUUGGAUGACUCUCUGGAGUUGGGAUCUUUACAGCAUGACAGUUUGACAUCAGACCCACUACAUAGCAAGUCUGGUAAAGAGGCCUUUAAUGGAUUCCCGUUCAAUUCUGCAACUGGUGGCCAGAAUAUGCUAAACUCAUAUGGUGUGCAAGGGAAACUAAAUGGGAUUCAAGGAGACAUGGCAGACUCCAUAGCUGGGACGCUUUGUAGCGAUGUUCUAGUAGGAGAGCAAGGUUCCUCCGAGGAGACCGGCUUAAUGGCUCCUUCUGUGGAGCUGGAUGAACUUCAGACUCCAUGGGAGAGCUCGGACCAUGCUGAUACUUCUGACAUGUUCAACGAAACCGAUCCCAUCCUGGGAGCACAAGCUUUAGAAACAGGAUUUCUGGAUGCUCCUCAACCAGAAGAUGGACAAGAUGGUGCGGAACCGCUCACAGACUGUUUGAGCAUGCCCAGUUCAGACUCCCAAAGCAACCCUGUCGAGCCACUAGCACCAAGCUUCAUGUUGUUCAAAGAUCUUAAUGUCGGUGAGACUUCUGUAGAUCAGACCGAUCUGUCAGCUGGUCUUGCAGAAUAUGUUCCACCACCACUUGGACUCACAGAUGUGAGUCUCGUCCAAGCAGACCCCAUUAGUGAGGACCAAGACGACAAGCUUAGUGAUUCCAACAUCACGCACAGCCUUCCCAGUCCAGAUGAUGGAGUUGAAAGUGUAGGGUUCCAUUUUGAAGAAGAACUUUCUCCAGACAGUGACUGUCUUGCAAGGGCUAGUCCUCAGACAAAGGACACUCAUUAUGAGAUAAACCAGGUGCCUUCAAUGGAGUCUCCAAGGGAGAACUGUCUUGGGGAAUCCCAGACAAUGGAAUGCAAGGUGCCAUUUGAGGAUUCAAGUGAAGAACACUUGAAAGAUCCCUGUGAAGUGCCCUUGGAAGAAUCUUACGAAAAGUCUCUACGAGAGCCAGAGAAAGUGCUUUUGGAGGAGCCUUAUGAUUUGACCUGUGAUGAGACCCUGCAGGAACCUUGCGAAGGGUACCAGCAAGACUCAACUGAGCAACAAUUGGUGGAUGUACCCUCUGAAGAACCCUGCAAAGAACCGUCAGAGCCAAUAGAUGACACUACUCUCUUAACCGCUAACCCUUUUCCCUCUUCAAUCCCAUCUUCGCCCUCUUUUCCCACUACAGUACCUGACACGUCUGUAUCUCCAGGCCUUGACGUGGUCUCCAAUAUCAAACAAGAGUUCCUCAUAGAUCCGGUGUCAUCUGAUGUGAAGCCUGAGCCAGAUAGCACUACGCAGACUCCUCACCUUGAGCAGACUGAGGUUCUGGAAGUAAACGACAACAUUAAGGAUGAGGAUGCAAAAGCACCAGCAUUAUUGGGGAAUGUUGAAGCUCCACGCUUUGCGCUGCCCAUGUGUGAGAUGGCAGACAGUGUUCAUGAAAUAAGGGAACCAACCAUUGCUCAGCUUUUACAGGAGAAAGCCCUCUUCUCAUUCUCUGAGUGGCCUAAGGACAGAGUGAUCAUCAACCGUAUUGACAGCAUCUGCCACACUAUCUUGAAGGGGAAGUGGCCUUCUUCUAGUCAGCAGUAUGAGUCUCCGAGCUCAUUGGCUAACACGUGCGUGCCCAGCAGUGCCCAUGAGAGGGCAGGAUUUUUGCCCACCAGAAUGCCUCAGAGCCUUAAUUUCAACUUGCCACACACUGUAUCCCACCUACCAAAAGACCGGUUAGUGACCCCUGCAUUCCUCCCUGAACUGAAACGGCCUAGACGUGGCUUUGAAUUCGAGGCAGAAGUCCUCGCCAAACCAAGCCAUCUCGGAGAAAAGAUCCAAGUUGGCAUGUCUCAUCGUGCUAACGCUCUCCUCCUCAACGGCUGGCAGGAUGCAGCCAUUGACCUCUCCAAACCAAAUGAGCUCACAGGUGGUGGAGAAAGUGGGCCAAUGGGUCACAUGAGCCACACUGUCCAGUCAGCCCCGCAUAAAAUCGCUGGGAUAGGCUCCAUACAGGGCUCGCUGGGAUUGGAUAUGGCUGGCAUUUUGCAGGCUGGCUUGAUUCACUCUGUUACAGGGCAGAUUGUCAACGGCAGUCUGCGGCGUGAUGAUUCAAUGUUGAGACGGAGGAGGGGACGAAGAAGAAAUGUGGAGACUUCUGACCUGAGCUUUAUGAAAGGACGAGGCAUGAACUUACAAGAAAAACAGAGCGGGUCAGAGAAUAUCAGCCACCCUGUUGUGUCCUCUACAUCCUCUCAGUCAGAGUGCCCUCCAGCGACUCCAGCUGUCCUCCCUCCACAUCCUCCAGCACCGUCUCCAGCCUCAGAGACCCUGAACGUCAGCGUGGACAGGGAAGCGGCAAAUAAAGGCCUGAUGGAAUGGCUCAGACAGAACCCCAACUAUAACAUGGAGCUUUCAGCUUUUCCAUCGCCUCAGAGCGCAAGCAUGUUGCACAGUUUCUUGGAUCGUCCAAAGCAGAGAAGGCAUCGCUGCAAAGAUCCCACCAAGCUCGACAUCAGCUCUCUGACUGGAGAGGAGAGAGUCCCAGUUGUACACAGAAGCACUGGCCGCAGGCUUGGGGGCGCUAUGGCUCCAGCCAUUAAAGAGCUCUCCCGAUGGCUGGAUGCAAACUCAGAGUACUCCGUGGCUCCUGAUUGGGCAGAUGUGGUGAAGCACUCAGGUUUUCUGCCAGAGGGUAAAUUUACGCGCAUCCUCACUGGACCUGUGUCACAGGAUCCCAGCACACGUAGAAGAGGCAGACGACCCCGCAGUGAAAUGCCCAAAACCCCUGAGCUGUCCGCUGGAAUGGGUCCACUUUUCAUGAACGGUGGGCUCAUUGGCAGCAUGGAUCUGGUUAGUUUGCCCAAUCUCCGCAAUGUCCCUGGCAUCCCGUUAACCGGGAUCAUGGGCUUUCCACACGGUUUUGCCACCGCUGUGACGGUGGGCGAUGAUGCCAAGAAUGGACUUGGCAUGCUACCUAUGAUGCUCCACGGCAUGGCGGCCGUACAGCCGCCUAUAUACAGCGCUCACAUGAGUGGGAUGAUGAGUCAGCAACUGUCCACAGCAACGUCUAUGACAUCCACUGCGACUGCAUCCUCCAGCGCAGCAAGCAUAACUUCUACGAACUCUGCAACCGUAACCUCAACCUCGAGCCCAGCGGACAGUUCUGAUACCGUGCUUCAGCGGGACAACACAAGCCCUCUGGUGAGCACAGAAAACGGGAAUAAAGAGGAGACAAAGAAAGAAGGGGAAGAGAGGAAACCGAUGUCCGGCUCGGGCACUACAGCCACGGUCACUAGUGGUAGCAGUAGCAUCAUGAGCACGGGCAGCCAUUUGACCUUUAACCCCUUUCUGAUCCCGGGAAUGUCGCAUAGCCUGCUGUACCCACAUAUGUUCUUACCACCCGGCAGUAUAAUGGCAUUGCCAGCUAUGCCUGUGGCAGACAGCACGGGAAGCCCCAAGAGGAAGAGGAAGAAGGUUCGGGAGGAAGGACUGGCGGAAGGAAGUGGGAAUGUUGCUGUGCUAGUGGACAACAUGGAAGUGAAAAUUGUAAAAGAUGAACAGAUGCCUGAAAGGAAAAGUCAAGAUCGAUCUGAUGUACAAUUAUCUCAGGUCAAAGAUCAUGAUUCUUCUUACCCUAAAAAAGAUCCUUCUGAGGAAACAAGAACUGAGAAUAAGGAAAUGGGGGAAAAGAGGGAGAAUGGAGAAGAAAAUUAGCAAAACACUAAAGGCUCAUGUGACUGUGGAGAAUAGAAUCUGGCCUCACUUUUGGGCAACAGUGCUUUUGUGUGUCGUGUCUGUAAACGUUUGUGUAUAGAACUUUGAUUAUCAACUUAUUGUUUAUAGGUCUGCCCAGUCAAACUUGUAAUUUCACAAACCUUCUGGGUAUAUGCUGAAAAAUAGACACAAAAAGCAUGUUAGCACUCAAAAGGUCUCAAUUCUACAAAGGGAAGACAUCGUGUUUGGUGUUAAAAUGGUCCUUUUGCAUCAUGUAAAUGUGUACCCAAAUGAUUCUAUCAGAUGAUGGAGAAUGCUUUUUGCUCGAUACUUGAAAAAAAAUGCGGCAACCCAGCGUUUUCUCCCCAGAUCAGAUUCCCAUAUUCUCAGAAAGCAGUCGGAUGUUGAUAUUGUGAAAAUUGGAGGCCAGUUUUGCUUUUAAAUGUUGGUUGUAAGAUCAGAGACAUUGGUACAUACAACUUAGAUUAGUGUUUUAAAACAUUUCUCAAAAUAAUGUAAAGGAAACACACAUCCCAUUUGGUAGAUUACCAGCAGAACUGGAAAUUUUUGAAUGGACCACAGUAUUCUGUUAUUAGAUGCUUGCUGCUAUGUAUUCAUUCUAGUGACUCUAGAAGCAAAAGAUUUUAAAGUGAAUCUUUAGAAAGCUAUAGAUGGCAUGAGUGCAACAUGAUGAGUGCAACUGAAACUCAAAAAGCAAGGCUUGAAAGAAUAGCAAAGAACAAUCCUGAGAUUGAUUGAUUGAUUUUGUUUUGUUUUGUUUGUCUGUUAUCAUUUACUCACCUUCAUGUCAUUUGAAACUUGUAUUACUUUCUUUAUGUUGUCGAACGCAAAAGGACAUAUUUUGAAGAAUGUUCAUGCUGCUCUUUUUCAUUGCAAUGUGGAUAUUCUUCACAAUUUCUCCUUUUGUGUUCCACAGACGUAUGAAAGUCAUACUGGUUUGGAACAGUGUAAAUGUUGACAGAAUUUUUCAUUUUUGUUGAACUUUUCUUUUAAAAGACAAAAAAAUUAUUUACAGAUCCCCAUUUUUCUGUGUUCACUAAAGGGUCGUCAGGAAGUAAGACUUGUCUCAUUCUCUUUCGGUUUUAUUGCUCUCAUUUUCUCUGGUGCGUUUGAAAAUACUGUAGAGUAAAACCUACCAAGAUUUUUUGAAAACAUGUACCUGUAAAUCUAUCUCGCUGUAUAUUGCUGUUAAUUUUGUUUACAACCAUAUGUUAUUUUUUUCCUUGCCAGUAUGUUGCUGCAUAUUGGGGGAGGGGGGGAGGGGGGGGACUGUAAAAACAAAAUCAACACUAGUGUUUCUUUUAAAUGAAAUAUGCUAGUUGAAACCAGAGAUAAUUUAACUUGUUUUCUCCCCCGAACUCAACAGGGUCUCUCUUUUGUGAGAGUAAUUCAUUUUUGGAUGUCUAAUCUUAUUCACUUUUUUCUGUUUUCUGAUGUGAAUUUUAUUUUUUAUUUUUGUUUGCAUAGUCCUUUUAAUGAAUGUUUACCUGUAAUUGUGUUUCUUCUGUUUGUUUUUGUGUGUUUGUGUGGAUGCAUGCUCACGCUCGCACAUGUCACUUCCUGUACAUUUUGAUUUAUGUAAACCUGUACUGUAUAUUUCUCGUCUAAAAUUAUGGUCACCAUCAAAAACAUGCUGUUGUUGCCUUGUCACUACUUAUGACACCAUAAUGUAAUUUAUUUUGCAUUUGAUUUUUCUUUCUACUUUGCCAACUUCACCAAAUAUGACUUUUCCCCUCUUUCACAUUGAUUAUUAUUGUAAAAUUUGCAAUGCCUUAUUUAGUGUUUUAUAUGGAUGUUUGUUACAUCUUUAUUUUGGAAAAUAUAUAUCAAAGUACUUGUGUACAGUGUCAGCGUUAUGGGAAGCAGUCUCGGUCACACUAGUUUCAAAGCGGUCGCUCUAGUUGUACAGACAUUAGCCUGCAGUUUUCAUAAAACUUGUCGGAAAUACAUUGGUGGUUCAAAGUUUAAACGGUAUAACAAGGUCUAUUUCUUCUCAUUAGUGCUGUCGAUUCAUUCAAAACAGUACUGCAUAGCACAAAGUCUAUUUGUCUUUCAAAAAUGUGUCAUUACCUCUAAUCUUUCUCUAUUGUCUGGUCAAUAAAAAUGCACAGACUACGUUUAAAUUUCCAAAUGAUCACAUUACCCUCGCUUUUGACAUUUCAGUAAGCUCAUAACUUCAUUAAAGGCCUUCAGCACUUCAGCCAGUAUAUGUACUGUACAACUGGAGAGGUCACACUCUUAGACUGAGAAUGCUAUGUUGCUGGUUGUAAUUGUAUUGGUUUUAUAAAAUGUACUGUUUGUUGGAACUGUAACUUUUGAAAAUGCCACAAUCACGUUGGGAACUCUAAAACAUUCUGAUCAGUUUCCAUUUCCCCUGUAUUUAUUGUGUUUUAAUGUCUUAACGCUGUCUACCUGUGUAUUGUAACAUGUACAUAAACUUGCUGUCUCCAGGUUUUGGAUGUUAUCUGA